UUUGUAUGUUUCAGAAAAUAAAUCUAAGAUAAAUUAUAAAUCUACAAAAAUCCCCCUCCCGGUGAAAGUGUGUGAACACUUUCCCUCGGUCAGUAGCUUGCUGGUGAUCGGUGUGGACGAGGGGGACGAUCAAAUUUCUCAUCAACAAUAGAAACAAAACAAAAACAAUCGAAAUGAGCUCGCUAAGGCAAACCCCAUUAACCUGCUCAGGACAUACUAGACCAGUUGUUUUCCUCGCGUUCUCAAGUAUUAACGAGGAAGAAUUCAGUUUUUUCCUUUUGUCUAUGUGUUUAGAUGGUAAACCUAUGCUUCGUCAGGGAGAAACAGGAGACUGGAUUGGAACCUUCGAGGGGCACAAGGGAGCUGUCUGGGGGGUUGAUGUGAACAAGGAUGCUACUAAAGCUGCAACCGGUGCCGCAGAUUUCUCAGCAAAGGUGAUCAAAUUGGAACCAAAGUUACAGGGGUAUAUAAUUUUACAGGGGGGUAAAACUUUACAGGGGUGUAUUAUGUAUAUUUUCUUUAAAAAUCAUCCGACCCUAUCUGAGAAAUAUUUUUUUUCAAGAAUCUUAGAUAUGUACUCACUACUCUUACAUUUUACAAAAAUAUUUACAUUUUACAAAAAUAUUUACAUUUUACAAAAUAUUAAUAUUUUCAGCAACGACAAGAUUCUCCGUAUAUUUGAUCUGGAACAACCUUCAGAGCCUAUAGUUAAGUUCGAGGGACAUACAGCUGGAAUAAAACAGGUGAGUUAUACACCAGAUAAUAACCGGUUAUUGAGUUGUAUUGUUGUUAUUUAUAGUAUAGGAUUGUUGAUACUGAUAUUAACAAUAUUCAGGAAAGAGUUCUCUGAUCCUAUGGGAGGAUUAGAGAUCAGCAAGGAUGGAUCUAUUAUCACUGUGGCCGUCGGUCGUAAAGUUGUUUUUCUCAACACAGACACUUUGGACUUGGUUAGGGAGGUUAGUGUUCCUUGUGCAGUUUAUACUGCAUCUUUGCAUCAUGACAAAAAUAUAUUUGUUUGUGGAGGAGAGGAUCUCAAACUAUACAAAUAUAAUUACAAUACUGGAGUGGAGAUAGAUAACUUCAAGGGACACUUUGGUCCGAUCCAUUGUGUUAGAUUUAGUCCUGACGGAGAGCUCUACGCUUCAGGUUCCGAGGACGGUACACUCCGUCUGUGGCAGACUGAGGUUGGGAAAACCUAUGGAUUAUGGAAAUGUGUCGACACUGUUAGCAGCGGAGUAGAGAUCAAACCUGAGACCACCGUUGAUAGAUAGAUUAAAAGAUCUGUGAAACAAGUUUGGAUUCCGAUGAGCUGACCAAAUAAACACUACUCGACAAAUUCACCGCAAGCUUUGAAAUUGGGAAGAUUUCUAGAUUUUUUGGAGGAUUCUUAUAUUCUUCAGAAUCUAGAUUUGUCCCUCUGUAUUCUGUAUUUAAGAGGGGUUGGAGCAGGGCAGAUAUUAAUAUAUAUGGCCGCUCUCACCCCCUUCUACAUUAUUUAUAUAUUUUUAUACACUUUCAUAAAAAAUAAAUGUGAUAUUCGCGCAUUUUU